CAAUGUAAUGGAGUUCCGCUGCCUCCCUGCUUUCAUGCCAUAGACAUAGGAAGCUAGCAAAAGUGCUACGCGAGACUCGUCUAGGCCUCCUUGACCAGUGAACAGCUACUAACCUAGUAUUGGGGGAAAGGGCAAAAAUAUUCCUUUAUGAAUCUGUUCGAGGACCGUUAAAAUCCCAAAAUAUGGUGGUUCUCAAAAUUCGAGACCAGCCCCCCUUGCUGAAAGCUAUUUUCAAUGUCGACCCAGAUGAAGUCCGCUCACUCAUAUUCAAAAAAGAGGAUGUGAAUGCACAGGACAAUGAGAAGCGAACGCCACUUCAUGCUGCUGCUUAUCUUGGAGAUGCAGAAAUUAUAGAGUUGCUGAUUCUUUCAGGUGCAAGAGUUAAUGCCAAAGAUAACAAGUGGCUGACUCCCCUGCAUCGGGCUGUGGCCUCCUGCAGUGAGGAGGCUGUGCAGGUGUUGCUGAAACACUCAGCAGAUGUGAAUGCCAGAGACAAGAACUGGCAGACACCCCUUCACAUCGCAGCAGCUAACAAAGCUGUCCGCUGUGCUGAAGCCCUCGUCCCUUUACUUAGCAAUGUGAAUGUAUCUGAUCGAGCAGGCCGGACUGCGCUUCACCACGCAGCCUUCAGCGGUCACCUAGAGAUGGUGCGGCUCUUGCUCUCCAGGGGAUCAAACAUCAACGCUUUUGACAAAAAGGAUCGGCGUGCAAUCCACUGGGCAGCUUACAUGGGGCACAUAGAAGUGGUGAAACUGUUGGCAUCUCAUGGCGCUGAGGUGACCUGCAAAGAUAAGAAAUCCUACACUCCCCUGCACGCAGCAGCCUCAAGUGGAAUGAUUAGUGUUGUCAAAUUCCUCCUGGACUUAGGAGUGGAUAUCAAUGAACCCAACGCCUAUGGAAACACACCCCUCCAUGUGGCCUGCUACAACGGACAGGAUGUGGUUGUCAAUGAGCUCAUCGAGUGUGGAGCUCACGUCAAUCAGGUGAAUGAAAAGGGGUUUGCACCUCUCCACUUCACUGCUGCGUCACGCCAUGGCGCCCUCUGUCUGGAGCUUCUGGUGUGCAACGGGGCUGAUGUCAAUAUCAAGAGUAAAGAUGGUAAGACACCUCUUCACAUGACUGCAAUCCACGGCAGAUUUUCCAGAUCUCAAGCCAUCAUUGAGAAUGGCGCUGAGAUCGACUGUGAAGAUAAGAACGGGAAUACACCUCUACACAUCGCAGCUCGAUACGGACACGAGCUCCUAAUUAACACUCUCAUCACUAACAGAGCUGACACAGCAAAGAGGGGGAUUCAUGGGAUGUUCCCGCUGCACUUGGCCGCUCUCAGUGGUUUUUCUGAUUGCUGCCGAAAGCUCUUGUCUUCAGGCUUCGAUAUCGAUACUCCUGAUGAUUUUGGUAGGACCUGUUUACACGCUGCAGCUGCUGGAGGAAACCUGGAAUGCCUGAAUCUUCUUCUCAACACUGGGGCAGACUUCAACAGGAAGGACAGCUUUGGCAGGACGCCUCUGCACUACGCUGCUGCCAACUGUAAUUACCAGUGCCUGUUUGCUCUGGUGGGUUCUGGGGCCAGCGUCAACGACCUGGACGAACGGGGCUGCACUCCCCUCCACUAUGCCGCCGCCUCAGACACAGAUGGAAAGUGCCUGGAAUAUUUACUGAGAAAUGAUGCAAAUCCAGGAAUUCGGGACAAUCAGGGUUACAAUGCUGUGCACUACGCUUCGGCAUACGGACAUCGUCUUUGUCUGGAGCUGAUUGCAAGUGAAACCCCCUUAGAUGUGUUAAUGGAAACCUCAGGAACAGACAUCCUGAAUGAUUCUGAUGUCAGAGCACCCGUCAGCCCCUUACACCUGGCUGCAUACCAUGGACACCAUCAGGCAAUGGAGGUUUUGGUUCAGUCCCUGCUGGAUUUAGAUGUUAGAAACAGCCAAGGGCGCACACCACUAGACCUGGCAGCCUUCAAGGGCCAUGUAGAGUGUGUGGAUGUCCUGAUCAACCAGGGGGCCUCCAUCUUGGUCAAGGAUUUCACCUUGAAGCGAACCCCAAUACAUGCUGCAGCCACCAACGGUCAUUCAGAAUGUUUGCGUUUGCUGAUUGGCAACGCUGAUCUUCAAAGUGCAGUUGACAUUCAAGACGGGAACGGACAAACCCCUCUGAUGCUGGCGGUCCUGAGUGGGCACACAGACUGUGUGUAUUCUCUUCUCAACAAAGGAGCCAGCGUUGAAGCCAAAGACAAGUGGGGCCGGACAGCCUUGCAUCGAGGGGCGGUGACUGGUCACGAAGAAUGUAUGGAGGCCUUGCUUCAGCACAACGCCAGCUUCCUGGUGCGAGACUGCAGAGGCCGUACGCCGGUCCACCUGGCAGCGGCAUGUGGACACAUUGGCGUCCUUGGAGGCCUUUUACAUGCCGCCCAGUCUGUGGAAACGCUCCCCGUGUUGACGGAUAGCCAUGGGUACACCCCGUUGCACUGGGCCUGCUACAAUGGUCAUGAUACGUGUGUGGAGGUUUUGCUGGAGCAGGAAGUUUUUCACAAAGCUGAAGGCAAUCCUUUCAGUCCUCUGCACUGUGCUGUAAUCCGUGACAAUGAAGGUGCUGCUGAAAUGCUCAUAGACACUUUGGGCCCAACCAUUGUCAAUGCCAAAGACGGCAAAAACAGGACCCCUUUGCAUGCUGCAGCCUUCACUGAUCACGUGGAGUGUCUCCAGCUGCUUCUGAGCCACAAUGCCCAGGUCAAUACUGUUGAUGCUGCUGGGAAGAGCCCUCUCAUGAUGGCUGCCGAGAAUGGUCAGACCAAUGCUGUCGAGUUGCUGGUGAGCAGUGCAAAAGCAGAUCUUACUAUUCAGGAUGCUGUGAAGAACACUGCACUUCAUCUGGCAUGCAGUAAGGGUCAUGAAACCAGUGCCUUGUUGAUAUUGGAGAAGAUUUCUGACAGAAAUCUCAUAAAUGCUACAAAUGCCGCCUUACAAACGCCUCUUCACGUGGCUGCAAGAAAUGGAUUGACUGUGGUGGUGCAAGAGCUGCUGGCAAAGGGAGCCAGUGUCCUUGCAGUUGAUGAGAAUGGUUACACGCCUGCCUUGGCUUGUGCCCCCAACAAAGACGUGGCAGACUGCCUCGCCCUGAUUCUGGCCACCAUGAUGCCUGUGUCCCCCUGCACCUCGGCACCCACCCUCCCUUUCAGUGCCAUUAACCACUACACCACCAGCCCCUCCAAGAGUGUCACUUUCGACAGCCUGCCCAUGCUGGGAGGUGAGCAUGGUUCCUACUGCAGCUUCAACAACAUGAGCCAUCACGACGGUUUCUACAAAGAGGAGGAGCUCAACGACUCUGAUUCCGAGACUUAUUAAAGCACGGAGGGAAGCGAAACACAUCAACACACGCUGUGUCUUAAAAUCACCCGAUGGAAGCUUGGGAAGUGAGGAAAAAAGAUGGAAGCCUCCGCAGGAGCCUUAAAAGCCUCCCUGCACACACCAGAGAGUAAGCGACGGAGAAGGAGGUGCAGCAGGCUGGCUCACACUGACCCUGACCUCAGCCAGCACUAGAGAUGUCCUUCAGCAGAUGCUGAACUGAAGUACUCAUUGCUUUACCAACACUGACUUUUUUUUAGCGUGAAAAUGACCGUUUGGGCAGAUAGCAGCUGUUUUAUGGCAAUAACAUCCUGAAGAGGUGUGUUUGCACUCCACCAAGACAGGGACCAAAAGACUCGGAUGCGUUUUAACCCAUUUUUAACAUCAUAACGAUUCAAGACGGAGAAUAUUUUUGGGUUUAUCUGUUACUGAGAAUAAGGGCAGGGGGGUGGGGUCCAAAUUUAAUCUCCCAAUUCAUCUGAACACUCUUUUGAGCUUCAAGUUUGGGGGGGGAGGGGUCAUUUAUUAUUAUUUUUUUCAACAUAAAAAUUUUAAAAUGCCAAUUUUAACAUCUUAAACUCUGUUCUCUCAAAAUGUGAUUUCCUACAUUUCCAAACAUUUGAAAAAUAUGCACCCGGUUAAUAUCAAGUUGAUCAAUCCUGCCGUUGUUUGUUGAUCUAGCCUUUAAAGAAUAAUUUAUUUGUACUUUUGGUUCCUCAUCUGUUCAUUUCGUGCCUUCAUUAGUUACUGAGAAAACAUGGGUUUGUAGAGGCAGCUGUUUAAUUACAGUGAAAGUGCGCUUUAGAAAAGUAUCAAUGCACUGAUUCAGUUCUGAGGCAUCUUUGCUCAGUUUUCAGAAGAGGAAACACUGUAAACCAAUGACAGGGCAGCAUUUGAUUUUUCUAUUGAGUGUUUUUUUUCCUGGUUCUUAUUUUAGUUCUGCUUGCUUUAACUUAAAAACAUUCAAUCACAUCACUUUCAGUUGUCUAUUACAUCAUUUUAAACUGGAAAUAUGUACAUUUGCUAGCUUCAGUAGAAUAAAGAGGAAUUUUCUGUUCCUUGGUUUUCCUUGAAGAAUGAAACUAGCAUGUAUAUAGAAAUUAUGACUGUGAAUUCAAAAUUCCAAUGAAUUCUUUCAGUACGGAGAUUGCUGUAUAUUUUAUGAAUAAUAAAUGAGUUAUUUAAUAAUGAA